UUGGUUGAUACGCCAUCUAGGGCGUUGCGCUUCACCAAGCUACUUCCGCCCUUCCUUUGCCUUUCCCGAUCCUCUUGGGCUCUUUGGCGUUCCGUAGUUUUCCAGAUAGAGAGUUAUCUGCGCUGUGAGGUCUUAGUCAUAACACGCCUCCUUCCAAGGUUAGUGGGUUGGUUCAAACUUUCCCAUUUCUAAUCCCUUUUAAUUAAUUAUCAACAAUAUUUACAUAUUAAUUGCAAUCAACGAUAUUCUGGAGGGUUCUUCUUCCAUUAAACUUUCCGUUAAGCCUUAGUUGAAGCCCCACCGAAUCUUUACUCUCUUAUUUCUUUUAUCCUCCAAGUAUGUCCAACUUUUUAUUAACCUUUCCUUACUUUUCUUUCUUGCUUCCUUUCCUUUAAAAGUCAAAUUAAUUCUUGAUAUUUGCACCGACUGGAUAUGCCCCGUCAGCCGGAUCCGUCCCCUCGGGACUUCUCCUGAGGGUCGGAUCAACAGCGUGUUCUUGGGGUCUCUCCCUUUCUUCUUCUCGGUCUCUCACAAUCGCUCAAUUAAAUAAAAGAUUUUCAAUUGUUCGUUACUCACAGUUCCCUUCUCAGCUGUUAUGAUUUAUUCCUUGGUGUUAUUAAAAUAAGAUGAGCUUGGCUUGCAGUUAGUGCGGGCUCAGUGCCUGCUGCCGUUAUCACGAUCCGCGCUCCCUCGGCUACUGGACCCGUUCACCCCAAUUUAGUUUCAGGGUUCGGAUCAACGGUGCUUUCCGGGCCUUGCGUCCCUUCUCAUAUCAAUCCAUGAGAAGAGGGGAGCCCAGGCUCUACCCGAUCGUUCUGAUAACAGAGGCUUGCCGAGAGCUCUCAGCAAGUCCGUCCUGCCGCCAUGAAGCUCCACCGGAAGGGGACAGUGGUGUAAAAUUUUCUGAUGUUUGCUUAUAAUUGUUAAUCUCUCCCUCAGUCUAAUUUCAUUUUAUACAUACCCUGAAUUACUGGUCAUUACUGUUUCAUAUAGAAUGUGUGUGUGCAGAUGCCCGCGAGUGUGUAUGUAAACAGAAUAAUGUGGAGUGUUUAUCUUGUUUAGAUUACAAAUUUCUAGUGUCAGAAUGUUUCAGACACAACGAAUUACUCUUUUGGAUGAGUUUCAUCUUUGAUGAUAAGGAUACAACAAUAUUACAUUUUAAAAUCAAUAAGUACAGUAGAGUCUCACUUAUCCAACAUAAAUGGGCCGGCAGAAUGUUGGAUAAGCGAAUAUGUUGGAUAAUAAGGAGAGAUUAAGGAAACACCUAUUAAACAUCAAAUUAGGUUAUGAUUUUACAAAUGAAGCACCAAAACAUCAUGUUAUGCAACAAAUUUGACAGAAAAAGUAGUUCAAUAUGCAGUAAUGCUAUGUAGUAAUUACUGUAUUUACGAAUUUAGCACCAAAAUAUCACGAUGUAUUGAAAACAUUGACUACAAAAAUGCAUUGGAUAAUCCAGAAUGUUGGAUAAGCGAGUAUUGGAUAAGUGAGACUCUGCUAUAAGAGCAAUGUUUCUUUACUGGUGCAACAGGUAAUUGUUUCUAGUCCUCCACCACCGCACAAAUGUUAUUGUGUCUUAUGCCAUUCUUAUAUUAAUCUUAAGAUGUUAUUUUUAAUGUUAAUUGUUUUAGAAAGUACAGUAGAGUCUCACUUAUCCAAGCUAAAUGGACUGGCAGAAGCUUGGAUAAGCGAAUAUCUUGGAUAAUAAGGAGGGAUUAAGGAAAAGCCUAUUAAACAUCAAAUUAGGUUAUGAUUUUACAAAUUAAGCACCAAAACAUCAUGUUAGACAACAAAUUUGACAGAAAAAGCAGUUCAAUACGCAGUAAUGUUAUGUUGUAAUUACUGUAUUUACGAAUUUAUCACCAAAAUAUCACGAUAUAUUGAAAACAUUGACUACAAAAAUGGCUUGGAUAAUCGAGAAACUUGGAUAAGCGAGGCUUGGAUAAGUGAGACUCUACUGUAAUAGAAAAGGAAAGAGCAGAGCAACAGAUUAGCUUUUUCACUGCUGCAACCAGCAAAAGAAAUUGGUUAUUUUUUAAACUCCACAAUGAGGAACACCAUGGAUUACUUUUGAAAAGUAUCUACUCAAGCUCUGAACUUACUCAUAGACAGCCUCUUAAAUCAAGAUGAAGCCAGAAGGAGAAAUGGAGCGCCCGCCAAUGAUCCCUGUCAAGGGGAUUCCCAUGAUAAAGUACUUUGCUGAAGUUAUGGGAGAGGUGGACAAGUUUCAAGCAUAUCCAGAUGACUUGCUGAUCUCCACAUACCCCAAAUGUGGAACUACCUGGAUCAGUGAGGUCAUAGACAUGAUCUAUAAAGAAGGCAAUGUGAAGGAAUGUGGACAAAAACCCAUCUACAUGCGAGUCCCUUUCUUAGAGUUUGCUUCUCCCGGAGUAGAGUCAGGCCCUGAGCUGCUAAAAAGAGCACCCCGUCCACGUGUAGUUAAGACUCAUCUUCCUGUCCAGUUGCUCCCAAAAUUAUUCUAUAUAUCACAAACAAAACAUAUUAUUAUAUAUGUGGCCAGAAAUGCCAAAGAUGUAGCCGUUUCCUAUUAUUUCUUCUAUCAAAUGGCAAAAGUUCAUCCUGAACCUGGAACAUGGGAUGAAUUCCUGCAGAAAUUUAUGGCUGGAGAUGAAGCUUCUUCUUCCUAACUGACACAGUCCUGUUGCUUUUCUCAGGAUUCACGCCGGGAGAUCCGUAAAGUAUUGGAAUUCCUGGAGAGUCCCAUAGAUGAACAGUUGGUGGAAAAGAUCGCACAUCAUACAUCUUUCAAAGAGAUGCGUCAGAACCCUAUGGCCAAUUAUACAAGCAUCCCCAAAUCCAUUAUGGACCACUCCAUCUCCCCCUUCAUGAGGAAAGGAAUCACCGGUGACUGGAAGAACCAUUUCACAGUGGCCCAAAAUGAAUCCUUUGAUGCCCAUUAUAAGAGACAAAUGGAAGGAUCGACCCUGCAGUUCCGGACAGAGAUCUGAUUGCUCUCAUUUCUCUCUCCUUUCAGUGGGAGAUUAUUUUAAAAAUUCUAUAGAUACUA